AUGUCCGCAGCCAUAGCAGCAGCCCGUUCUCUGACAACCACCCUCUCCCCUUCUUCUCGCCUGCCUUUCCGAUUACUACGGACAGGCACCGGCGGAGGAGUCCCUCUAGCAGCACCAGCGCCCACGCGGCCCACGAGGCAUUACCCAUGUCCCUCUGGAGCUGGACGGGUGCGACAGCUGCAGAGGGAGGACACUCCCGGCGUGUGGAAUAGCAAUGUUCUAUAUGCCAGGUGGUUCUCGUCUAGUAGUGCAAUCAGGAAUAAGAGCGCUUCGAGCGCAGGCCAGGGCCAGGAGGGGGAGUUCAAGAAGUAUGGUUUUGAAGAGAUAACCGCCUCUUUCCCCUCCUCUUCAUCGAACCCUUCCUCGCCUCCAUCCUCGCACCCCUCCCCUAUCCUAAUAGACGUCCGCGAACCUGCCGAACUCCUCGAAACCGGCAUAAUACCCACCGCCCUCAACAUCCCCAUCGGCACACACCCAGACGCCCUCUUCCUCUCCCCCGACGAAUUCCUCACACGUAUGGGCUUUGAGAAACCCGAGGCAGACACAUCGCCACAAUCAGCAACAUCGUCAUUGACGUCGUCGGCUUCGUCGGGUUCGUCAACGGCGGAAAAACCUGACAUCGUGUUCUAUUGCAAGGCGGGGGUGCGGGCACGGGCUAUGGCGGAGUUGGCGGUCAAGGCUGGGUAUGACAGGGGGAGGCUGGGGGUUUACGAUGGGAGUUGGUUGGAUUGGGAGAACAGGGGGGGACGGGUGGAGCGGUGGGAGGGAGGGAGGGAGUGA